AUGGCGAAGAAUUCCCAGCCCAAACUGCUCAUUGUUCUCCUUCCAAUCCUUCUGCUCUCAGUAAUCCAGUCCUGCUCCGCCGCUGGUGGGGUGGCCAUCUACUGGGGCCAGAACGGCAACGAAGGGACCCUCUCGGAGACAUGUGCCACCGGAAAGUACGCCUAUGUCAACAUAGCCUUCCUCAACAAUUUUGGCAACGGCCAGAUCCCCGAGCUCAACCUGGCAGGCCACUGCAACCCGGCUUCCAACGGCUGCCAGGGGGUCAGCACCGGGAUCCGAGACUGCCAGGCGAGAGGAAUCAAAGUAAUGCUCUCCUUGGGAGGUGGCAUCGGGAACUACUCGUUGGCAUCUCGAGCAGAUGCCAAGGGCGUGGCAGAGUACCUCUGGAACAACUUCCUGGGAGGGAAGUCGUCGUCUCGUCCGCUGGGGGAUGCUGUCUUCGACGGGAUCGAUUUCGACAUUGAGGCCUCUACUCUGUACUGGGAGGAUCUGGCACGGUACUUGUCUGCGUAUUGCAAGAGAGGUCGUCGAAAGGUGUACCUGACUGCAGCUCCUCAGUGUCCUUUCCCCGAUAGAAACUUGGGGAAUGCUCUUAAUACAGGGUUGUUCGACUACGUGUGGAUCCAGUUCUAUAACAACCCUCCGUGCCAGUAUUCUUCAGGUUCAGGUGACAUAAACAGCCUGGUGAGUUCGUGGAAUCGAUGGACGACUUCGAUUAAAGCUGGCAAGAUAUUCCUGGGUUUGCCGGCGGCUCUUCAGGCAGCUGGUAGUGGGUAUGUUCCGCCGGAUGUGCUGACAUCUCAGAUUCUUCCUCUGAUCAAGAAGUCACCCAAGUAUGGAGGGGUUAUGCUUUGGUCUAGGUAUUGGGAUCUUCAGAAUGGGUAUACUUCAUCCAUUCAGAAAAGUGUAUGA